AUGUCGGCACACGUUGAGGUUGUGGCGACCGAUCUAAGGCGCGCCAAGGUCAAAGUCACCCCAGGGACAUACCUCGUUGACGUUCUCAACGAAGCUUGCAAAAAGCUCAACCUGAAAAGCGACAAGUAUGAGCUCAAGCACAAACAAAAAACAGUCGAUCUGACCGGGCCCUUCCGGACAUCUGGACUCAGCCCCGGUGCUAAACUUGAGUUAGUGCAGAAGUCAAAGAGCGCAUCAGUGGUGUCCAUCGCCCUUGAUGCCAAUGGCCAGCGUUACACCAAGAAGCUCCCCAGCGAUAUGUCACUAUGGAAAGUCAUGCGGCAGUUUGAAACCACGGAGAAGGGGCUUAACAUCACCGGACGGGGCAUCCCAGUGGGGACCAACAGCGGUCAGCUUUACCACGAAGGGCCGGUAGUUAAUAUCAUGGGGAGAGAGUACUCCGCCAUGGAAGACUUGCAAAAAACGUUGUCACAGUGCGGUAUCAACUCCGGCAGUAUUGUUCUAAGGCUCACCUUCAAGCUUGGAGACCGGACUCUAUAUGAUGCCAUGCAGGAGAUUGCCCAGUAUCUCAACGAGGUCGAGCCGGAGGAACCAAAGACGGAAGAGAAGGCUGCACCACAGGCUGCUCCAGUUAUUGAACAGGCGACGGUGGGCGACGUGGUGAUGGGUGAAGAUACGGCACCAGAAACCCAGGUACCAGUAAGAAACGAAGAUCAAGUAGUAUCGCCAGUGUCGACGCAACCAGGUACAACAAGCGACGAUAUGAUAACCGACGGACCCGCCCCAACCCUUAACCCAGCCGACCCUCUCCAACCAACUAAUGUCUUCAAUGCGCCGGCUUCCUCAACCCCACUGGCAGCUCACACCCGCGAGGACGAUUCCGUGUACGAACCCACCAUUGCUCAUGCUCAGCUCCGCCAGCAACAGCUCCUCCAGCGAUCACAAAACACUCGUCUCAAAUCCGACGCCGAGCUUGCCGCCGAGGCCGCCGCAGAGGCCGCCCAGAUUGCUAAGAUUACCAGCGUGGAGGUCAAGGUCCGGUUCCCCGACCAAACCUCCGCUGUCUGGAAUAUCACCCCCGAAGAGACCGGUGCUUUCCUUUACCAGGCCAUCCGCAAUGUCAUGGCGAAUCCAACCGCCCCAUUCAAGCUAAUCCUACCGGGCCCCAAAACAAUUAUCCAAGAAGGCGAAAAGAAGUUGAUUGCGGGGUAUAAGCUCAAAGGCCGCGAGAUGCUUCACCUACUGUGGGACGAUUCGGUUGCGGCUAGCGUCAGGAAGGAAACAUUUCUCAAGGGGAGCGUGGCGAGCCGAGCGAAGGAGGUGGUCAUUCCUAAGAUCCCACAGGGGAAGGCGGAUGAGGAGGAGAAGGGCGCCGGGAGUGGCGCUGUUGCGGGUCCGUCAAAUCAGCAGAAUAAGCGGGAUGGUGGGAGCGCGCAUGAUUCGGAAGCGGUGAAGAAGAAGUUGAGUAAAUUCCUGGGCUUAAGGAAGAAAUAG